GUGAAGCUGAUGUGGCCCCCAGUGAAAAUGAGUUUGAUACCCCUGCUCUACAGGUCUUGGCAGGGGAGCCUCAGAGUCUCCAUGGGACAGGUGGGUACUCUUUUCUUGUCUGGAAGGACAUCCUUGCCCACUCGAGCCUAGACCCAGCAGAAGGGCAGCUCCACACCCCCUCUGUGCCCUCCUGCUCCCUGUGGCAGCCUCUGCCAGACAGGGAGGGAGUUCAGCAGGCCAUGGCCCCAUGUCGAGUGUGAAAGCUGGAGAGGAUGGAGGGAGAGCCAGCCAGGGGAAAGCACAUCACCCCAGGAGCAAUGCAGGGUCCCUUACCCAACCCUGCCACGGGAGCAUCCCCUCCCCCCAGGGCAGCACCCAGCAUCCUGCAUCCAGCAGCCAGGUGCAUUGUCAGCCCCAUCCCAUGCUCAGCACUGGCCCCGCUGCCUGCCCAGGCAGGUCUGCCUGCAUCCUGGCAGCCCUGGAGCAAGCAGGGCAGCGAGAAGCUGAGCACCAGCUGCCUCCGGGGACUCUUCCUUCCAUACAGCAAGGAACCAUGAGCAGGCUGGUGACUGGCCCUGUGCCUGGUACCUGCCUCCCCCCUUAUCUCUUGCAUCUGUUCCCAAUCAAAGCAUCAUUUCAAUCCAUUCGGGAGAAUUAUUCUGUGAUUCUGUGAAGGUUUUUCUCCCCCUGCUACCAAAUGCUAUUGUUUUUCUGAGACGCGGCAGCUCGGGAGCAGUGGCACAGCACCUGCCCGUACCAGUUCUGCUCAGACACGUGUGGGUAAGAGCCCCCACUCAGCUCCUGCCUGCCAAGAGCAGAGCUGAUUUCAUCCUCACAGCAAAGCGCUGGGCUAUAGCGGGGAGGAUGGAACCCCCUGAGGGAGGCAGCAGCCAGGGGCUCAACCCCCUUUCCGAUGCCUGGAGGUUGGCGUCUGCAGUGCUCAGUUCCUGGGUGGCCAUCACGUGGGGCUGCUGAAUGGGUGCCAGAGACCCAUCGCAACACCCACACACAUCCCGCAUCCCCCAGGCCUUGCUGCAAGCUCUGGGAACCCUCUGGGCCAAGCUUGGCUCCACACGGCCCAGGGUGGGUGCAGACCCCCACUUGCCCCCCAUACAAUCCUGGAUAUGGCACAGACAGUCAGAUCUGGCUCUUUCCCCUGUGAGACUCACACCACACAUUGUCAUGGAGCCUCUGUUGCGUCUGCACAAUUAAUGAGCUUUAAUUGCCUGUAAACAUAUUGCCAGCAGCACCAGAGCCACCAUGGGAAGUCAAUGGAGUGGGGAAAAGGGAAUGGGGAAAGGGAAUCGUGGUAACUGUUGCUAUGGCUGGACCGGCCACCCCUGAAACAUGACAGUGGCCAAGCAGGGCCAGCAGCAUUGCCCAGCACCAGCCACAGCCCUGUAGGCAGCAGCGCAAGGGACAUGGGGGUCCCAGCGUAGUCCAUGUUCCCCUGUCCUUGGUGCCACCAACACCACUGUGACACAGUGCAGAGUCACGUGGGGUUCAGGCAUCCCAUGGAAAGCCCCUGCAUUGGGACGUGGCUGCAUUUGGGGUCCCACAGAAGAACUAUGCCAGCAGCAGGCUGGGGGCUGGGUGAGAUGAGGAGGGGUCCCUGCUCUCCCACUCUGUGUGCCCACCGGGCUGGAUGUGCACAUCUACGUGGUGCUAAUGAAGUUUGCAAAGGUCAGGGCUCUGGGUGCCAGGAGUCAGUUUCUGUAAAUGCUAUUUUCUAGCUCAGUGCCCUGUAACUUUCCCUGACGGUGGUGCUUAAAUAAAACAAACAGCGCAUUUUAAUCACCCUGCUCUCAGCAUGGCUCACUGCCCCUCUGCCCACCGCAAGCCCCAUCCCACACCCUUCCCGGGGGUGCAGGGCCGGAUGGGCCACCCAAGGGUGUCUGGCACCGCUCCUGGGGGCUGUCCCCAUGAUGGCACUGCAGCAUGGGGACUGAGGUCGUGCCAGUGCAGAAGUGGGACUCCUGUCCCAGUGGGACUCAAGACACUCUGUCUUUAGUUGACAUGGCAUUGGUGGCACGGUGCAGGCUUGGUGCAGCAUCCAUGCCCCGUUCACUGCUCAGCCAGUGCUGGGGGAAGUCCCAAAGCGCCCAGAUGUGGCCAUAUGUGCAUGUAUGCACAUGUGUUCACGUGUGUAGGAAUAUGCAUGUGCAAGUCCAUGCUUGUACUUGCAGGUUUGUGAGUGCACAUGCAAGCAUGUAGUCAUGUGUCUGUGUAUCCAGAGAUACAUGUGCACAUAUUGCAUACAUGUGCAUAUGUAUUUUUUUACGUCUGCAUGUGUGCGUGCAUGUGCAUGAGUGCAGGCAUGCCUUUGUGUUUGCAUGUGUAUAACCAUGUGCUCACGUACAGAAAUGUGCUUGUCAGGAAUGAACAGAGGGAUGUAUGUGUGUAUAAGACUGCAAGCGUUUGCUUGUGCAUGCAUGUGCACACAGCAUCUACAUACUCAAGCCCACACAUCUCUGUGUGUGUGCACACCAUCUCCUCAUACCAUGCAUUUGUAGCAGGUUUCAUCGUUGCAAUCACAGGGAAGUUUUCCUUAAACCUUGGUGAGGAACCAGGCUGGGCGUGGGAACAACACGCACCCGCGCCGGAGAUAAGUUCCUGCCACAAAGUUUUCUUUCCCUGCUAAUUUUCUGAUUAGCCCCUGUCUGAUGCGUCGGCAGCCGCGCUCCACGGAGCUUAUUCAAACGCGGCGUAAUCUUUCUAAGCAGCAAACAGGGGGCAGGGACGCCUCUCAGCUCCCAGCAGACAGAGCCGUGCGUCGGGAGGUAAUAACUCUUCAGGGACUCGCAGCCGAGUGCUGACAAGCCGCCGGGAGAGCUGUGGAAAUCCUUUCUGCGGAUGAGCCAGGAGGAUUCUCCUGCUAUCCCCUAAAGCCUGCGUGUCACCUAGUCCAAUAAAAGGCAUUAUCGGGAAGGUGGCAUUAUGUUCUGGCGUAUCUCAGGCCCCCAGCCCAGCCCCAGCUCUGCUGGCUUUGCAUGACAACAGGAGACUUAGGGCAUGGUGGGUGCUGGGUGCUGCCUGCCAGGGAUGCUGCUGGGUGAGGGGGCUGCGCCCUGCUCUCUGUGCGCCCCAGCAGAGGAGGGGUUGGGGAGCAUGGCUGUGUCCGCUCUCCAUCCUGCAGCUUCAAAGGCUGGAGAUCUCCUGCAAUGGCAACAGCAGCUGGCACUGACCAUACUGAAUGUCAGCACACCUGCCUGCUCCCCCAUCUGCCUUCCAGGCGGUGCGAGGUGAAGAGCUGAGGAGUUUGGGGGGCUCAGACAAGCUGGGUGGACCCAGCAUCUUUGGUGUGUUGAUGCCUUGGUCCCAUCCUUGUCCAUCAGUCAGCCAGGGGUGAGUGGGUCACCCUGGGGGCAUCCUGCCAGCCACAGGAGUACCAGGCACCUGGUAAGGCUCCACGGAGAGUGUCCCCAGGGCUGGGGAGAGCAUCUGGAAGGGAGUGCAGCAAGGCUGUGCUGGGGGUACUGUGCCACAGAGAGGAGGAUGGACCUCAGAGUGCAGGAGGUCACCCUGGGGCGGUCCUGGCUGUUCUUGUCGUGGAAUCAUGAAAUCAUUGAAUCAUUGAAUGGUUUGAGUUGGAAAAGACAUGAAGGAUCACCUAGUUUCAACCCUCCUGCCAUGGGCAGGACAUCUUCCAGGUUGCUCAAAGCCCCAUCCAGCCUGGCCAUGAACACUUCCAAGGAUGGGACAUCCAUAGCUUCUCUGAGCAGCCUGUUCCAGUGUCUCACCACCCUCAUGGUGAAAAUUUCUUCCUUAUAUCUAAUCUAAAUAUCCUCUCAGUUUAAAGCCAUCACCCCUUGUCCUGUCACUACAUGCCUUUGUACAAAGUCCCUCUCCAGCUCUCUUGUAGAUCCCCUGUAGGUACUGGAAGGCUUUUACAAGAGCCAUUCGCUGCCCAGCCUGUAUUUGUGAUUGCCCUAACUCAUGUGCAGGACCUUACACCUGGCCUUGUUGAAUUUCAUGAGGUUGGCAUGGGCCCACCUCUCCAGCCUAUCCAGGUCCCUCUAGAUGGAUCAACCACCACCACUCAGUUUGGUGUCAUCGGUAAACGUGCUGAGGGUGCCCUCAAUCCCACUAUCCGUGUUACCUACGAAGAUGUUAAACAUGUUAAAGAUGUUAAAUAAUGCCAGUCCCAAUACUGACCCCUGAGCAGUGCUACUUGUCACUGGUCUCCACCAGGUCAUCAAGCCUUUGACUGCAACUAUUUGAGUGUGACCAUACAGCCAAUUCUUUAUUCACUGAGUUGUCCAUGUCUCUCCAAUUUAAAUACAAGGAUGUCACAUGGCACAGUGUCAAGUUCUUUGCACAAGCCCAGGCAGAUGACAUCAGUUGCUCUUCACCUAUCCAGUGCUGUAACUCCAUCAUAGAAAGCCACCGAAUUUGUCAGGCACGAUUUAUCCUGAGUGAGGCCAUGUUGGCAUUCACCAGUGACCUCCUUAUUUUCCAUGUGCUUUAGCACAGCAUCCCAUGGAUCCUGCCUGGUCCUGCACCCCAGAGGAGGGUGCAGGGGACUGCACUGGAGGGGACACCACCCCUGAGCUGGCAGGGGGCAUCCCUGCUGCCACCCGCCCUGGCACAGCCCCAGGUUGAGGGGGACUGGCUGUGCGCCUGUGUGGGACCCACGUCUGCUCUGACUGGCUAAUUUACUGUGCCGCUAUGCACCGCACUAUCCAAUAACUAUGAAAUGAUGUGGAGAUUUGCAGCCAAACCCUCUCAUAAAGAGAUUUAAGAGGGUGACAAAGAUAAUUAAACAUCCUUCCCCAAGUAUUGACUUGCAGCUGAAAGGAGGAAAAAUAACUACAUUUUUCACAGUCCUUUUAAAUCAUCCCGAUGUCUGUCUGGGGCACUGUGCAAACAAGCCCUGGCUACAAGUGCCACAGCCCUGGCUGCCAGGCUGGGAAAAGGACAAUGGACCAGAGCUGGGGUUUGUGCAGCCGGGGACUGGCAUGGGGUCCUGGGCUGGCAGUUGGCAGUGCAGUGAGGGAAGGAUGCUCCAGAGCAAACAAGGUGACACAAGACUGGUGGCCACCCGAUCAGCCCUGAGCAGAAAGGUUAACCUAAAACAAGCAGUGCGGGGUGGUGAGAGAGCCAGGAAAGGGGGAACAUGGAGCUGGAGUACAGGGACAGUGGCAGGAGACAAGUGGGGAGCAGGAUGCAAUAAGGAAGCUUAGGACAUGCGAGUAAGCGGUUUGAGGAGAGGCCUUCGAGGAGCAUCAACAUACACGCCAAAGCAGCUGCAGCAUGCACACAUGUCUGCACACCUGUAGAGCACGUUUGCAACACUCUGUGUGUGUGUGCACACCUGUGUGCGUGGGUGUGUGGGUGCUCAACACCUGUGGGCUGCACUGCUGAGCUGUGGGGUACGUGUCUCACCAGCCACAUGUGCUGUCAUGUGUGUGCUGAUCAGCUCAGCACGUGUGGGUGGCUGACACACGUGUCCAGACAUGUAAUUGCUGUGUGGGCUCUGUGUCAGUGAUGGCUUUUGUGCCACCAGUUGGGUGGAGGAGUCACAGGUACCUACUGGAUGUCCACAGGUGUAGCAGGAUCCUGUGGGCACGUCGCUGUUCCACAGCCACUUUCACACAUGUGCUUGCCCCGCAUGACUCUGUGUCACACAUGCAGAGUACUGCCGCUUUUGUGCUGUGUCCCGCAGAUGUGUGUCACUGUGCAGUGCCCCUUGUAGGUGUAUUACAUGGAUAUGUGGGAUGCAGGUAGCUGGAGGAGCAUCCUGAAGGACCCUGCCCUGGCACGACCCCAGUUGUAGGAGGACACUGAGGAGUGGCAAAGAGGUACACAGGUACUCAGGGGAUAUGCUGAGUCACAUCACAUCACCCAAGAGACAUUCUGGCCCAUCUCCAAUGGGGCAGACCUGUUGUGGGACCUGCCUCCCUUGUCCCUGCACCCCAGGGAGUACACCCCAUGCUUUGCCCUCCACCAUCUUUCUUAGGGGCAGAGCUGUGGCCAAAACUCAUGGCAUGGGUGGGCAGGGAACCCCCACCUCUGCAUGCCCCUGUUCAUUGUGCCAGUCCCUGGAAAUGUGCCUGCCAGACUCCCCCAAACCCACUCGUGCUUUGCCAUCGGUGCCACCAGACUGUGCCAGCAGGGACACCCUGAACCCCCAGCCCUGCCUCUGCCUGGGGGAGAUGUUGCUUCCCUCUGCCCGGCUCGCUGGGAAAUGCUGCCAGAGAUGAGACCGUGUCCCUGCGCUGGGGACAGGGAAGGGACCCAGAGGGCUGGAUACCCCAGCUGUGCUGGGUCCCAAUCUUCAAGGGGCAUGAGGAGGAGCAAGCCUCCUCCACCAGCUUAUCCCUGACACCAGAAGCUCCUAAAGUGGCAGGAAAAGCUCCACACUGAAGCAUGCAGGAGCUGGUGGUCCCCAGCUACAGCUGCUAGUGCUGUCCCUGAGCUGUCCCCCUCUCUGGGAGGGGGACUGUGUGACCAAGGAGGACUCUGUUGUUGGGCUCAGCUUUUUGGAUCCUGCCAGGAGAAAGAAGGAUGUGGUAGGAGCAAGGAGGAAAAGGAAAGUUUCUGGGGCUUCAUCUCAUCCUCUGCUUAAUGGCAAAAUUUAAGAAGGGGUCCCCUCUCUGGGCUUCCUGUCACUGAGAGUGUUGUGUCCCCAGCAUGUCUGCUGUCCCGGGGACCUUCAACUUAGUCCAGUAAUAUCAAGUGUCCCGAGAGCCUAAAACCAAGGUGCAAAUCACCCUCAAUUGCUUUGCGCUGGCCAGACUGGGCUGUUCCCAGGGUGCCACAAAACAGCUCAGAGCAGCAGGAGACACUGAGCUUGUGGGGGACAAAGCCACCCCAAAUGCCACCCUGGGAGGGCACGUGGGGAAGCAGACAGCACCCAUCUGGCACCGGGGUGGGGACCCAAGUCAAAAGCAGCCCCAGCCAUCACCUCUAUCUCCAUGGACAAGCUGGUGACAUCAGCAUGGAGCAGGGGGACAUGUCACCUCUGCAGCUGGAGGCUGCAGAGGAGCUGUGGCUGUCUCCUCCACGGACAUGGUCCUGUUCCUCUCUCUGUCCCUCGGCUUGUCCCUUUCCCUGGCCUCUCCCUGGUGCUGGCCAUGUCCCUGUCGCUAUCAUCCGUGGAGCACGCAUGACACCCCGUGGGCAAACACCAGACUGCAUAUGCAGGGUAAGCAGCACAGUCCAAAGACGGGUCCUCGGGCACGGUGGCCCUGACCCGGGGAUGCGACUCAUGUGGGGAACAUUGUCCUUCUGAGGGGGAUGGAGUGGCACUACCUAAAGGAGCUGCAGCUGGGUUUUGACUUGAUCAGGUUGGAUGGACACAUGGCUGGGGGGUCCCCACACUCCUGGGGCUCUGGGGUCUCACCAAAAUCCUGAGAGCUCCCUGCAGGCCUGGGGCUUUGGGGGUCUCAUGGGGGCCUCGAGGUCCCUGCAGCCCCAGGGCUCUGGGGUUUCGUUCGCUUCCCUAUGGGUCCCUACAGCCCCCAAACUCUGGAAUGCUUUCUGCAGCCCUGGGACUCUGGGGCCAUGCUUGGCACCCAGGGGUCCCUGUAGGUCUCCCCAGGCGUCCCUGCAGUCCCAGGAUGUUUCAUGACCUGCACCACUCCUGGGUUGGAUCUCACUUUUCCUUGGUUUUCCUGCUUUUUGCUGUGUUCCUCACAGGGGAGGCAGCCUGGCCAGAGCUGGCAUGACCUGAUGUCUCUCAGGAGUUCCAACACCUUCCUCCCCCCAUUCUGGGAGGAUCUUCACCUCCCAGCCACCAUCUCCUAAUGCUGUGUGGUAGCUGUAACCCUUCCUAACUGCUCCAGUUGGGUUUCUCCAGGCCAGGAAACUCUCAGCUUUUCCUCCUGACUCUUCUUUUUCAUUCCCCAGGAGAUAAACCCUCGUGGAACGAGUUUCUGGGAGGAACCAGCACUGCAGUUCACAUAAAGCCAAAGCACAGUCAUUUACUAUAGGAAAAACAUUUCUCAUUCCAAUUUGCAAAGGCUUUCAAAGUCAGUUCUCAGAGGAGCAGGAGAGGUGGCUGCAGAGGGGAUUGGAUGCUCUUCUCCAGCUCUGGAGAGGCUGGAACCUGGUCCUGCUAAGGCAUCUGAGCUGGUUAACAGAGACUUGAACAGCAUGCAAAGCCCUGCAACCCCGCUCGCAGUGUAUAAAUCCCACAUCCCAUCUCUAGAGUCUUUAAAGACACUUGGAGAAUUUAGAAAUUUGACCUGGAGAAUUAAAGGAGAAAGAGGAAGGGGCUAGAAAGUCUUUGUUUAGAUACAGCCAGGAUGGGAGCAGAGUCCUCCUCACCAUAACCUAACCCUCACACUUUGCAUGCUCUGAACCCACCAGGCCACCAGGGCUCUCCAGGCUCUGGAAAGGUCCCUGCUCAUAGACCUGGUGACCAUGGGGCAUGAAGCGGUAUCCUGGGGGCUGCUGGUCCCCCAUGCCGUCCUCCACUGCCACGCAGUGACAAAGCAUGGAUGGAGCAUUCCAACAAGAGCAGGACCCUGUGUGUUUGUAGCAGAUGGACCCAUCCCAGAGAUGGGACAACCUUGUGAAGGGUGAGCCUGUCUCCUGAUGAUGUAUUUCUUCCUUGUGAAGACAGACAUGGAGCACAGCUCUGUUGUCAGCCCAAGGAAUGUAACUCCGUGCCGGACAUGGGGACACCACAAGCUGCUGGAGUCCCAUGGCUGCUGAAAGCCAGCAUCCAACUAAACCAGGUGUGAUGAGCCACCAUUAGCUGCUGGAAGCUGAAGGACAGGGGAGUUACACCCCCAACCGCAGGAUGCAGGUUCAGCCAGCCCUGACAGCAGGGUCUGGUGGUACCAUGUGAUGGGGACACAGCCAGAGCACAGCCAGGUCCCUGCUAACAGAUACUCCUGCAAAAUGAGCCCAUAAACUUUAUUUCCCUUGGGCUCAGGUGUUGCUUGGGUGGCAGCUCUGAUGCCUCCAGAAAAGCAGCAUUUAUUUCCUCCCUCCCUGCUGCUUCACUCCUGCUGCUUCCUCCACAGAGGUUGAGAGAGAUGGGACGGUCACACCUUGGAGACACCCCACAAAAUGGUGUCACAUUGCUCCUGAGGUAGCUACUGCCUGGUCGGGAACUUAAGGUGGCUUCAGCCACAGGACAUUUGAUUUUCAAUGCUCAUAAAGAGAAAAUAAACAAGACAUGACAGAAGCAAGGUUGCAUUAAUGUGUUGCUUUACCUGUGCUACUGUCACGUUCCUCUCUCUCCUUUGGGGUGUGCCAGCUCCCAGCGGCAUCACCCGGAUCUAGACCUUGGGUCCAAAAGAGCCAAGUGCGGUGGUGAAUGGGGUUGCAAGGGCAAAUGGGUCACAGGAACCCAUCUGAGCUCAGCACGUAGCUGACAGGGGACCUGUGAUGAUGACCAGCGAGCUUUUGGGUGGCUGCACUGUUGUGCAGCUUGAACACUGACCCCAGGGGCUGCUUCAGAAGAGAAGAGAGCACUUCCUGCUCAGGUUUCCAACCUGAGCCACCAGGCAGAGAAAUGCUCCCAUCCUUUAAGUGCAGAGAAAUGUGGCCAGGUAAGGCUGGUUCCUGCUUCAGUGAUGCUGGGUAAGCACUCUGCUCCUUUCUGCAAAGCUGGUCUGGACUCCUCUGUCCCCAGAACUGCAGUGUCCUCCCUUCCUCCACAGCUCUGGACAUGUUUUGGAGCCACAAAACCCCCAGGCUUGGGUCCCACCUUCACCCACACAGACACGUGUGGGCUGUCCAGGCUGGGUCUGGCUCUUGCAGGGGCUGUGGUGACUGCACACACUUGCACAUGGGUGUGCCGAUGCUCACAGACACUCCCGUGCACCCUAUGGGACACUACAGCAAUGGCGUUAGACAGCUCUAGAUCAUAAAUCCAUCCAGCCUCACUUGCUUCCUGCUCCACAGCCCCAAGGCCACCCCAAGGUCAUCCCUCUGCAUCUUCCCCAACUCAGGAUCUGCCACUUCCUGCCUACUGCAGCAGAUAUUUAACCAAGCGUGACAGUCGUCAGCUUACCAGCAAAUGGCCACAGCACCUGGAGCAGCUCAAGCUGUGACACCAGAAGCUCCACACCGAGGGGCUGUUGCUCCACAUGUUCCAUGCUGUUCCAUGCUCCACGUGGAGGGGCUGUUGCUCACACACCAUGCUACAGCGUGGGCAGAUGUGGGCAGCUGCAGGCAACCUUCCACCUCAGGCGAGGCUUUGUGAGCGGCUGCAGCUCUCCCACUUUCUCCCUGCUCUCCCUUCCAUUAGUUUUGCCUAUGCCUUGAUGCCCGAUUGGCAGCUGGUCCCAGAUGGGGCACCCCAGAGUCAGUACUGGAGCCAUGUUCCCCAUCCUCAUCAGAGGGAAGGAUGAGGAGACUACUACACCUUUGCCAUGCAGGUGAGGCUAAACUAGGGGGAAUGGGUGUGCAGUGAAAGGCAAAGCCUCAGCCUAGAUCGACGCUGAGAAACUCAACAUUUGGGUCAACAGAAACCUCUUGGACAUCAAUGGGACAGACCAGAUAGAUAACCCCGGGUUUCACCCAGGCUGGGGACCAAGGGGCUAAGCAGGGUCUCAAUGAAAAGCACAUGGGACAAGGCCCCAGACAAGGUCCUGGACAAGAGGCUGAAUAAACGGGGCAAGCUGCCUCCCUGCAUGAUGUGAGGAGGAGUGUGGCCAGCAACCUGAGAGAAGGUGUUGUCCCUCCUGCACCAGAGAGCCCACAGCCCAGACUGGCCCACCAGCUGGGGGAGAAGUGGAGGGGCAAGACAGGAACCAGCAGCUGCUGCUGGCAGGGCUGUGCCCUGGGGCUACAAGAGGGGUGGGUUGGGAUCCACCAGCAUCAUGCAGCUGCCUGGUGAGCAGAUGCAAAUGCAACAGGGCCACGCUGUCUCGGUAGGGCAUGAGAUGUAACAAAGGAGAGCACACAUUAAUUACAGCUUCAGAUUGAACAGUAGGAAUCAUUAUUUAUUUUCCUGGAGAGGUGGUACAGCUGUGGGACAUGCCACCAAGGAGCUGGGGCAAAUCCAUCCUUCAAGAUACAGCUGUAUAAAGCCAUGGAUGACCUUACCCUGUGCUGAUGGUGUUUCUGCUCCAAGCAGAAGGGUGGGCUGGAGACCCCCAGGGCUCCCUUCCCACCAGCACCACCAGAAUCCUGCAAGCUCAGAGAGGGGAAGCCUCCCCAUCUGCAAAUUCUUUCCCUUCCCCAUGCCAGUAGCCCACACCACAGACCCAGGACACCUUGACAGCCAAGGUCAUGUGCACUGGACCACAGCCUCGUUCCAGGGAGGCCAGGACUUGUGCUGGCCCGCAUCCUGCUGAUGCCAAAGCCCAUCACUUCCGCCACACUGCUGGGAGUCCUGGCUGCUGCUCCCAGCAGGGGAUCAGCUGAUCCCGCCAGCGACUGGUGCUGCAAAGUCAGGCACAGAGAUUGCCAGUGUGCCGGUGAGGGGACAGCGGGCUGAGAGGGACAGAGGGCUGGAGGAGCUGGGGGCAGCUCUGCCCUGAAAGCCGAGCCACCUGCAUGCUGCUACCUGCUGAAUAAUAGAGGAGCUGACAGCCAGCUGGAGAGAAAUGUGAUCCUGGUUAGCCAGCCGGGGAAGACAUCUGAGCUCCCAGCAGCUGCGAUAGUGACUGCAAGGAACGAGCCUUCCUCCCCGCUGCUCCGUGCAGCACAGCCUGGUCGGGGUGGCUGGAGGUCUCUGCCCAUUCUGGUGCACCUGGGUGGCCGGUGCCCGCUCUGGGAGCACGGGCUUGGGGCUCCGAGGAUGAUGUGAGCUGCAGCAGGAGUCUAGCAAGGCAGAGCUCAAGGGCAGAGCCGGGUUUCCCGUGAGGUGAGGCAGAAGGAGCCUUCCUGCAGCCGGUGCCUGCGCCCUGGGUCCAGCAGCUCAACCCCAUGUCCAGAGGAGGGGAGAUGGUUUAUAUCCCAGAUGACUCUGACUUCAGCUCCUUCAGAGAUCAGUGCGAGAGCCUGGAGGGCUGGCACUGUCAGUAUAACAAGGCUGGUGUGACCGUGUGGAGUCAGGGCCAGGAGGAAAGCUGCACGGUGCAGAAAAUCAAGACUCGCAUCUCCUGCAAGGACGUCCCUGCUGAGACCCUCUACGAUGUGCUGCAUGACACCCACUACCGCAAGAAAUGGGACUCAAACAUGAUCGAGACCUACGACAUCGGGCGUCUGACCGUAAAUGCUGAUGUGGGAUACUACUCCUGGAAGUGCCCGAGCCCCCUGAAGAACCGGGAUUUUGUCACCCUGCGCUCCUGGCUGCCCCUGGGCAAUGACUACAUGAUCAUCAACUACAGCGUGAAGCACCCGAAAUACCCACCCAGGAAGGAUUUUGUGAGGGCUGUGUCCCUGCAGACAGGUUACCUGAUCAAGGCGAAUGGUGCCGGCGCCUGUGUCCUCUAUUAUCUCACCCAGGUGGACCCUCGGGGGUCGCUGCCAAAGUGGGUCGUGAACCGCGUCUCCCAGUUUGUGGCACCGAAGGCGAUGAAGAAGAUCUACAAGGCUGGGCUGAAGUACCCAGAGUGGAAACGCAAGCAUGACCCUGGAUACAAGCCCUGGGUGUACCCAGAGCAGAACACACUGCCCAGUGUCAGCCUGACGGAGCUCUCGGUGCAGCACGCCGACUCGCUAGAGAACAUUGAUGAGACAGGACUGCCCGAGGACCACCUGAGUACCAGUGACCAUGAGGCCUGAGCCCCUGCCACAGCCCUCUCAUGUGGGACCCCCUUGUGACCAAAGCUUGGACGCCAGGGGAUAUGGAUGGGAAUUUGUCCCCCUGCACCCCAGUAGUCAUGUCUGCUCUCCAAUUCCUUCAUCAUACACACCCCUACCUGGGCAGCAGGAGACUGUUCUGUGGAAACCUGCAGCAUGGGGGCUGGAAAGAAAGAGGAUGGGAAACCUGGUUCCCCCUGCACCUAUAGUGGCCCAUGGAGAUGUCCCCAAGCAGGAGGCAGAACUGUCAGAGGAGUGGGUGCCCCAAGAAGAGGCUGAGCAUGGCAAGAGAGAGGGAACCCUUCAUGGGGUGGAUAGGAGCUUUCUUGGCACCAGGAUAUCCCUUUACCACUGUAAGACCUUCUCAAAAGACCAGAAAGGGGGACUAUGGGGUCCUGCCCAGGCUUUGCAACAGCAUAGGGCUUUGACUGACCCUCUCUGGCCCAAGGUCCUGCUCUGCCAGCCCCACGAUCAGGCUGGCCCCACUCCAGCCCACCAAGACCUCCUGGGCUUUGUGUGACCCCCCCUGCCAUCUCAGGAAGCCCCAUCCCAAGUCCUCUCCUGGGCACCAGACUCACCUCUGCACGCUGGCUCUAGCCCAACUAGUUCUGAGGACCCCUUCCUCAUGUGGUGUUUGGGGGGACUUGUCCUGGCAGUGGGGUCUUGGGCAGUCUCUGUCCCCACUCUCAGUGUUUUCCACCGCUGUAGUUUCCAACACAACAAUAAAGGGGUUGGUGUGUGUGCAA